CUUUGUGUGCUCGUGUGCGUGUGCGUGAUGUGGGACAUGUAAUGGCUACAAGACUAAACUAACACUAACAGAAUCUAGACUUAGAAAUUGCUUUUCUUGUAGUUUCUGUUCGGAUUCUUUUUACUGCUGCUGAGUGUCAGUGUAACUUUGUGUGAUACGAUUGGUUUCAUUUGCUGACAUGCUAUAAUAUUUCUAAAUUUUUAAUUUACCUUGAGCUUUCAGUAGGUGUUGUUUUCGACCAUUGAACCGCUCCUUUGCCAUUGUUUUUAUAAUAAUUAUACCUUGGCCUAUCACAAUUAAGUUAUAAAUUUGCCAACACUAAGGCCCAUAGUCGACAGUACAAUGCAGCUAUCGUGCAAGUGUCUAAACGUUAUCAUUAAUUCCAAAGGAUCGGUUAUUGAUGACUUCAACUUGAGCACCAGCCCGAAAAUAGAUCAUCCAUUUUUCAAAACCAACAUCGGCAGUGUGGAGUUGGAGAGUAUUCACAAGGAGCAAGCGGCCUUAGUCGCAAAGGAGAGCUGUGGACAAUGGCUCGUACAUCACUGCCUGAACUGUAACUUGUACACUCAUGCGCUGGACACCGGUAGCACUGCUGUUGUGCUCGUCAACCGCAAUAUGUUGGUUGAUCCGAACGAAAUAGCUGCUCUCAAAAACAGUGAUAAAUUCUCGCCAGUGUUCCACAUAGUGAUCGACAGUGCUGAUGAGGAUGCCAAUGCUCCAAUUCCUGGAGUCAGAGGUGUGUCGGGUAGUGCUGCGCUUCAUCAGCAGCUGACAGAGUGGGUCCAGCGUCAAGUAGCGGCUACCGAGGAGAGAGUACGACAGUUCUCGGAACAACAGUACGCUGCCUUGGAGCAACUCAGGGCUAGGGCUCACCGCGACCAUCUUACACUUUCAAGGACCCUGGUAGAAGCUAGCAGCGGACAGAAAGCAGGAUUGUCUUCAGACACUAAACUGCCAACUUCUCAGUUCAACUCGAGCCCCAGUGUUACCAAAUUGCCACAGACACCGACACCAGUUCUACCUGAUCCUAACAAAGCCAUAAGCAAGCGACCAGCUCAGAUGGGCAGCAGACGUAAUGUUGCUCGCAAGCCGUCUGUCGAUGCUGAAGGACUGUUCGACCUAGAUGGAAUGGACGACCAAAGCCACGAGCCUUUUGUAUCCGACGAGGAAAUAGAUCUUUCAGACACUGAUGAGUCUGGCAGCCAUGAUGAAGGCAUUCACAUCCCACGACAUGUCAGUGCAGCCAUUUACGCCAAGUCUCUUCCAGUCAACGUACCAGUCUUCGCUCAACACUCCAGCGUUGAAGACUCACCUCACAGGCAUGAAUACAGGGUGCCACAGCAGCCCAUGGACAUCGCAGCCAGUAUCAAAGCCCUCGCGAAGAGUGUCCACGGAGAUGCUGUCUUUGGAGAUCUCCCUCGGCCAAGAUUCAGCUCCCAGAUCUGACCUGUCUAAGCUCAAAACACUUUCUUUUGUAUUUUUUCUAUAAGCGAUAGUUACACGAGAUUUAGUAGUAAGACUUAACAAGAUAUUACAGCAUCAAGAUGCUUUGAAGGUGGUUAAUUUUUUUGGCUCGAUGUAUAUAAAUUGGUGAUACAGUGGAAAAUUGAUUGGUACAAUAAAGUCGGUUACCUUUAAGGUACAUUGAGUAUUUCAAUCUGCCCCUAUAUGGUUUGGUAAACAAUAUUGUUCUGUUGAACCAUUAGAAAGUAUGUUCCAUACUGUAAAAGAUCUGGAAGCUAUUCAGAUGGUCGUAAAUAUUUUGGAAAAGCUAUAAGCGUUUAAAUAGGUGUGGAGAAUAGCUAUUUGUGUAUUAAGAGCACAAAAUAUAUCAUUGCCACUUGAGAACUUUAAGCUUUGUGCGGCCAUACAUUUCCUGCUGGCCUUUCUCACUCUAGAGUGGAAAUGAGCUAUUUUGCGUACUUUUUACAGGUGUGGCAAUGUUAUUAUUCCAUGCAGUGGUAGGAAAAAUACUUUAUAAUUUUAAUAAUUGUUUAGUUAUUUUCCCAGGUUUUUUGUAUAAGUUUUUUUACCAUCAAAGCAGGGCCAUUAUAAUCAUAUUCAGAUGGAGAUUGUAUUAGAGAAGAUUACACUAAUCCUAUGAAAAAGCUAAUUGUUGAUAUAGUUGAUCAGUUAAGAGAGCUGUUUAAAUAUUAUAACUACUUAUUACUAUUCGGAUAUUGUCCAUAAACAGGUAUUGGAAGAUUUGUUAACUUUUUAAUUUUGAACUGCAUUUCAAGCUUUCCACUGUACUCUUGUGUUGCGGAAAAGACGAGUGAUUUACGUUUCAAGAGCCAAAGUAGAAGUAAUAUUAUUUUUAUUUGUGACAGUUAUGCCACAAAAAUCAAUGUUGUGCCUUUUUUGUAAGUUAGCCUUGUGAUAGAAAACGGUUAAUUAGGACUGUGUAUUAGAUGGUUUUGCAAAACCGUUCUACAAAUUGGCCUGUAUUUGUGUCUUUGCAGUUAAAAUUGUUUGGUUCCAAGUACAAAGAGGUUAUUCGAGCUUGCCAUAUUUGCUUGGCCUAAAAUGUUUUAGAUUGCCAAAUGGUUAUAAAUGGAGAUGUUUUAUGCCAAUUUAUUGUACUGAAUGUAAUAACAGUGUUUUAAGUUACCCCAUUUGUUUUCACAAGCUGGUUUCUUCCAUAUCGUCAAUUAUUACAUGGUGUGUUUUUGUGUAUGUGCUAAUGCCAUCCCGAUUGCACAAAUUACUAAUAUUUAAUUCAUUGUUUUUUUACUAGCCUAGACCUAGUUUUUAAUUUUAAAAUUUAUGAUCUGAUACAACAAUAUUCCUUUAUAAGUCUACUACAACUAUUUCAUUAUUGAUGUGUAGAAUGUUUUAUGCAGAAAGAUACAAAUAUCACUAAUCAAUAGACUGAUCGAGAUAAACAUUUCAGGUUUUUAUAUUGUUGGUAUAGUUAUGUUGCUAUGUUAUCUGUCUUAUUAGUUUUAAUAAAAAUAAUUUUGUUAAA